AUUCCCUGCCGCGCAAUCCCCGGCCGUCAUGUACGACGGGGCGGGCGGGCGGGCAAGAUUCAUUCAUUCAUCGCAUUCAUGGCCUCCUUUCUCUGACAUCCUCAUCCUUUCCGAUUCCUCCCCUCAACCCAUCGCGACCAUUCAACAUGCCGCAAUACGGGAACUACGAUGCCUACUACAACGACAGCUACGGCGGCGGCGGCGGGUCGACGGCCGCAAGCGCCCGGCCAUCGAAACGCUCUACCACGCGAGUAAUCGACGUGUCAAGCGACCAAAUCGAUCAAAUCCGGCAGGCGCAAUUGGCCGCUUUCUACGGCGAGCCGGAGAAGAGCCUUGUGCUCCGCAAGAGCGAUUCGGAUAAUAAUGACAGCGACUCGCGCUCCGCGAGACAAGGGGCUAAGCAGCGGGGUGCGGAUGAGGCGUAUGCGGUGCCGAAAGGGGGGAGGAGUCGCGGGGAUGAUGAGCGUGGUGGACAGGGCCAGAGGAGACGUGGUUCUUCUCCGCCUCCUUCCGGAAGCUAUGCUUCGAGGGAUGCGAGGGGAUCGUCGAGCCGGCGGAGUCGACGGGCGCAGAGCGAGCAGUCGCGAAGUCAGCAGUCGCAGUCACGCGGGCAACAGCAAUCGCAAUCCCGUGGCCAACAGUCUCAAUCCCGCGACCAACAAUCGCAGCGAGGAGGAGGAGGAGGAGGGCAACAAAACAACAAAGACAACGAAAACAACUCCCAAGACCCCAAAGGCCUGUACGCCACCGGCGCCCCGCGCCAGUCCCACAUCUCGCCCAACAAAGACCUGCUCGACGGCCAGACGGGCGGGCGGCUAUGGUACAGCAUGAAGACGCGCAAAGACGGCACGUUCUUCGAGCGCAACUUCGACACCAGCUGGGACGGGCUGAUAGCCGCGAGCGCGGGCGCUGCCCUGGGCGUCGUGACGGUCAAGCGGUGGCAUGAUUACGAGGUGAUGGACAAGGACAUUCCGACGGAGGAGGAGGAGAAGCAGCGGAAGAAUGUGCGCCGGCUGAAGAUGCUUGGGGGCGCGGUGGUGGGUGCUGCGGCGGUGAAUUCGGCGGAGAAUUGGUUCCGCGUGUGGACGGAGGAGAAGGCGGAGCGGAGGGAGGGGAUGAUGGAGUGCAUUGAGAUGUGCUCCAAGGGGGUUG